CCGCGGGCCAGGCGCGGGACGCCCCGCUAUGAGGAUGCGGCCCCGGCGCGCCAGCGGCGAGCACGGAGCGACGGCCACGCGUCCCGCCAGGCAGCCCGCCACCUGCGGUUGCUGAGAAAUGGCCAAUGAGAAUCACGGAAGCCCUGCGGAGGAAGCGUCUCUCAUGAGUCACUCACCUGGCACCUCCAACCAGAACCAGCCCAGCUCCCCCAAACCUAUGCGACUGGUACAGGACCUGCCAGAUGAGCUGGUGCAGGCUGGCUGGGAGAAGUGCUGGAGCAAGCGGGAGAAUCGCCCUUACUACUUCAAUCGCUUCACUAACCAGUCUCUGUGGGAAAUGCCUGUUCUGGGACAGCAUGAUGUCAUUUCAGACCCUCUGGGAUUGAAUGCGGCUCCGAUGCCACUGGAAGGUGGGAUGAUAGAUACCUCUGUGGAGAGCAAGCAAAGGAAGAGGAGAUUCUCUGAAGAGGUUCCACCGAGUGGCAACAGUGUGAAAAAGCCCAAGGUGGACGUCCCAGGAAACCCAGCUGCUCAGCCAGUCCCCAGCUCUCCCAGUAUUCCAGGAACCUCUGUUUUGAAGGCAUGGUGUGUUUCACCUGAAGAUAAACAGCAGGCAGCUCUUUUACGACCAACUGAAGUAUAUUGGGACCUGGAUAUUCAGACAAAUGCAGUGAUUAAGCAGAGAGCACCAUCUGAAGUGCUGUCUCCACACCCCGAGGUGGAGCUGCUUCGAUCCCAACUCAUUCUCAAGCUGCGGCAACAUUAUCGUGAGCUCUGCCAGCAGCGAGAAGGGAUUGACCCCCCAAGGGAGUCCUUUAAUCGCUGGAUGUUGGAGAGGAAGGUGGUUGAUAAAGGGACAGAUCCUCUUUUACCGAGUGACUGCGAGCCAGUAGUGUCUCCUUCCAUGUUCAGAGAGAUCAUGAAUGACAUUCCCAUCAGGUUAUCCAGAAUCAAGUUCCGGGAGGAAGCCAAGAGACUGCUCUUCAAGUAUGCCGAGGCUGCGAAACGGCUGAUCGAAUCCAGGAGUGCUUCACCAGACAGCAGGAAGGUGGUGAAGUGGAACGUGGAGGACACCUUCAGCUGGCUGCGACGGGACCAUUCUGCCUCUAAGGAGGACUACAUGGACCGCCUGGAGCACUUACGCAAACAAUGUGGGCCCCAUGUGUCUGCUGCAGCAAAGGACUCCGUUGAAGGCAUCUGCAGUAAGAUUUACUACAUAUCCCUUGAAUACGUCAAGCGGAUCCGGGAGAAGCAUCUUGCCAUACUCAAAGAGAACAAUAUAUCUGCUGAGAUAGAAGCUCCUGAAGUCCAGGACAGACUCGUAUACUGUUACCCAGUGAGACUGGCCAUCCCCUCCCCACCACUCCCCAGCGUGGAAAUGCACAUGGAAAACAAUGUGGCAUGUGUGCGGUACAAGGGGGAGAUGGUGAAAGUGAGCCGCAACUACUUCAGCAAGCUGUGGCUUCUCUAUCGGUACAGUUGCAUUGAUGACUCUGGCUUUGAAAAGUUUCUGCCCAGGGUUUGGUGCCUUCUCCGUCGAUAUCAGAUGAUGUUCGGUGUGGGUCUGUACGAAGGAACUGGUCUGCAGGGGGCACUUCCCGUGCACAUCUUCGAAGCCCUCCACAAGCUCUUUGGAGUGAGUUUUGAAUGCUUUGCCUCGCCCCUGAAUUGCUAUUUUAAACAGUACUGUUCGGCCUUCUUGGAUACAGACGGGUAUUUUGGAUCCAGGGGCCCGUGCCUGGAUUUCUUCCCUAUAAGUGGCUCUUUUGAGGCAAAUCCUCCGUUCUGUGAGGAGCUGAUGGAUGCGAUGGUGUCUCACUUUGAGAAACUGCUGGAGAACUCCAGUGAGCCCCUCUCCUUUAUCGUCUUCAUCCCCGAGUGGCGGGACCCUCCUACACCGGCCCUGACCCGCAUGGAGCAGAGCAAGUUCAAGCGGCACCAGCUCAUCCUGCCAGCCUUUGAUCACGAGUACCGCAGCGGGUCUCAGCAUGUCUGCAAAAAGGAGGAGAUGUACUACAAGGCCGUGCACAACACAGCCGUCCUCUUCCUGCAGAACAGCGCGGGCUUUGCCAAGUGGGAGCCCACGCCGGAGCGGCUGCAGGAGCUCGUCGCAGCCUACAAGCAUUCAGGCCGGACCCUCAGCUCCUCGUCCUCCUCCUCCUCGUCCUCCUCCUCCUCCUCCUCCUCCACAGCAGACAAAGAGCGGGAGCUGGGCCGAGAGCAAAGCAGCAGCCGGGAGACUAACCCCAACUAAGGUGCAGAGGUGCGAGGCAGCAGGGGAGGUGCCGGCGGCCCCGAGGAGGCUUGCCGGGGCAGUGGAGAGACUGCUGGCUGCGCAGCACCGGCCCGGGGGACUCUUGCGCAGCAGCUCCACGGCACCUGCUUUCCUCUGCGAACUGCACGCCGCCCCGGCCCGGGAGCGCCGGGGAGCGCCCGGCCGCCGGCGGGGAGAGGAGGCUCUGCUGCGGCCCUCGCCGGAGGGCAAGGGAACCCAGCGUGGCGCAGCAGGAGGAGCAGGCAGCCCCUUCGACGCCGGAGCGCCAAGGGAAGGGGCAGCCAGAGCUGGGAUGCACGCACGGGCGGAAGGACGGCGGGACAGACGGAGGGACGGAUGGCAAGCGCGAGUGCUCGGCGCCUAGCGCCGCGGCUGGAGGGGCCCCGGCAGCUGGCCGCAGCCCGGCGCCAGCAGGAGAAGGACGGGCAGAGCCCGGGGGCUCCUGCGGCCAGACUGGCACCAGCACAGCUCCGUGUCCAUAGUGUAAAUAGUUCUGUCCGUGGCGCCCGUGCUCCUCGCAGGGCUGCUCCCAUCGCAUCCGUGUUUCUUUCCCACAUGUGUGAGUCCCGUGUUCGCCGACGCUGUGUACCGUAUAGGGGAGGAGCGGAGAAGAGGAGUUUCUUUGGUGUGUAAAGACGUCUUUGCAGCUGUUUUGUAGUCGUCGUGGUUUUUAUGCGGAGCCUCCGGGCUUUAUUUAACCUCCUUGGGUUUUGUUUUGUAAGGAUUAAUUUAACACCGCUAACCAUUUUAUUACUUUUAUCAAGAAGAGCAAAGUCUAUUUUUGAUUUCUGUUUCCUAGUUCUUAGGAACAUUAAAAACCAGCAUACAGCUCUG